UCUCCUGUCCUCACCGCCGGACUCCACUUCGGUGUUUACCUCGGCAGAAGAAAUGUCGGAGGAAAAAAAGGACAUUCCUAACGAGCUGUUCGAGAGUGUGCGGGAGGCAGUGGGUCGGAGGGUGAAGCUAACCCUGAGGCGCAAAGUCCAGCUGGAGGUCAAAGGUGACAAAGUGGAGAACAGAGUUCUGGCCUUGGCAUCACAUCGAGCCUAUCUGCUGACAGCUCGGGUCCCUUCCAAGGUUGAACAGUCCUUCAGCUACCUGGAUAUCCAGGGGAUCAGCAGCAACAAGCCCACUCAGUUGGUGUUGGAGCACGAGCGCGGUCCAUGGAGCCUCCGGCUGGCCUCGGUGGAGGAAGCGGACGAGGUGAUCGCUCACAUCGGCAGCUGUCUGCACCGGAUCUGCCCCGUGGGCUCACCUGUAAAGGUGAUGAGGAAGAUGAGCUUGAAGCCUCCGGAGAGGACAGCAGCCCUUCAGGCCCUCUGGGACGACCAGGGCUCCGCUGACCUGGGGCCUUGUGGGGGUUUCUCUCAUCAGUACUGGUGUGUGUGUGAUUACCUGGGUCUGCCAUACAGAGAGGAGGUCCAAUGGGACGUGGACACCAUCUAUCUGACUCAGGACACCAGAGAGCUCAACCUGCAGGACUUUGUUCACCUGGAAAACAGGGAUUUGUUGGCAAUCAUCGCAGCUCUGGAGUACAACCAGUGGUUCACCAAACUCUCCACCAAAGACUACAAACUGUCGACAGAUGUGUGCGACCAGAUCCUCAGAGUGGUGGCUCGGUCCAGCCGGCUGGAGGAGCUGGUGCUGGAAAACGCUGGACUCAAAAGUGAUUUUGCUCAGAAACUGGCCAGCGCUCUGUCACAAAACCCCGCCUCCACGCUACACACACUCAACCUGAGCAACAACUCACUGGAGGACAAAGGUGCUGCUGCUCUGAGCGCUCAACUCGCCAAGCUGCCCAUGGGCCUGAAGCACCUGAACCUCUGCAGGACCUCUAUGUCUCCUAAAGGUGUGAACAGCCUCUGUCACGCUCUCUGUGCCAACCCGGUUGUCGCCUCCACCCUCACACACCUCGACCUGUCGGGGAACUCGCUCAGAGGCGAUGACCUACCGAAUUUGCACAGCUUCCUGAGUCACUCAAACUGUCUGGAGGCUCUGGAUCUGUCCAACAGUGACUGCUCUCUGGAGCAGGUUUGUGCAUCUCUGCUCAGAGGAUCUUUGAAGCAUCUCUCUGUCCUCAACAUGUCAAAGACCGUCUUCUCUCACAGGAAGUGUAAAGAAAUCCCUUCAUCCUUCAAGCAGUUCUUCAGCUGUGCUCAGGCUCUGAGCUCAGUCAGUCUGUCAGGAACCAGGCUGCCACUGGAGGCUUUGAAGGCCUUGUUGUUGGGGCUCGGCUGCAACCCCAACCUCAGUGACGUGUCCCUGGAUCUCAGCUGCUGUGAGCUGCGUUCAGGAGGCUCCCAGAUCCUGGAGGGCUGUAUCGCUGAAAUCCCCAACAUUUCCAGUUUGGACAUUUCAGAUAACAGUCUGGACAUGGAUCUAACCACUCUGCUUGUCUGGCUGGCCAAGAACCGAUCCAUCAGACACCUGUCGCUGGGCAAGAACUUCAACAACAUCAAAUCCAAAAAUGUGGCUCCGGUCCUGGACACCCUGGUUCACAUGAUUCAAGAGGAGGAAUCACCGCUGACCUCACUCUCAUUGGCUGAUUCCAAGCUGAAAGCCGACCUCUCCAUCGUCCUCAACGCUCUGGGCAGCAACACCUCUCUGACCAAACUGGACAUCAGUGGGAACUCCAUGGGAGACAUGGGAGCCAAGAUGCUGGCCAAAGCCCUGCAGAUCAACACCAAACUCAGGACAGUGGUGUGGGACAGAAACAGCAUCAGCCCGCAGGGUCUACAGGACGUCGCUGCUGCUCUGGAGAAGAACUACACCAUUCGUUUCAUGCCUGUUCCCAUCAUGGACGCUGCUCAGGCACUGAAGGCGAACCCCGAGAAGACAGAGGACGCCUUACUAAAGAUGGAGCAGUACCUGCUCAGGAACCAUGAGACACGUAAAUACCUGCAGGAGCAGGCGUACAGGCUUCAGCAGGGAAUAGUCACCACCACCACACAACAGAUGAUGGACAUGAUGUGCGUGAAGGUGCAGGAUCACCUGAACUCUCUGAGGUUCACAGAGAACAGCUUGGUUUUGGAGGACAUGAAGGUGGCAGAGAACCUCAUGAAGGACGCCAGGAACUCCAAGACGCUGCUCCCCAACCUGUACCACCUGAGGAGCGGCGGGGCCAGGGGUGCCUGCGUCGGAGCUAUUCAGGACAAGCUGGAGUCGAUGGCUGGAGAGGUUGCCAGGGUGAUGGAGGAACAGCUACAGACAAUGCUGGUGUCCAUGGUGGACGCUGCUGAGGGUUUGUGUCCUCUUGUGAUGAAGAGGAGCAGCCUUCGUCAGGAGCUGCUGAGGGCUGGGGCGGGGCGGAUGACCAUUCCCCGCAGCUUCGUCACCACCACACUGCUGGAGCAGUCCGGGGUCGACAUCAUCAACAAGAUCAGUGAAGUGAAGCUCAGCAUGGCGUCAUUUCUGUCAGACCGUAUCGUGGAUGAGAUCCUGGAGUCUCUGUCCAGAUCACAGCACACUCUGUCUGACCACCUAAUCAGGAAGGGUCAGCCUCUGCUGCGCCAGGAGCCUCAGAUGGAGACAGAGGUCCUGGAUGAGACGGUUCUCCAACCAGACAACCACGAUCGGGAGCAGAAACAAAGCCAUGACCGGCAGCAUGGGCUGGAGGACAUGGACACCUGCAUGAUGACCAAGAGGAAGAGUAUUCUGGUCAGGAUGCUGCGCCCCGUCUCUGUGGCAUUCGAGAUGGAGUUUGACCUGGACAAAGCUCUGGAGGAGGUUCCUAUCCAUGUUGAGGACCCCCCUCCUCCUCCUCCUCCCUCACAGCCAUCGGACAGAAUGUCAACCUACCAUGGAGACCUCCCGGUUCCCCCGACCUCCGCGCACACAGAGACUCUCUGCCUGGGCGAGCUGCCGCCUGUGGAGCACAAGACGCUGGAGCAUCGAACCAAACUACGACCGAAACCCAAGAAGAGGACAAAACCCAGCAGACCACCUCGGGAGGCCACCGGCAGCUCGUUGCAACACGAGGCAGAGCAGAACAGCAUCAUGGGAAAGCUGGACGAGGGCCUGGAUGACUUUUUCUCUAAGAAAGUCAUUAAACUCAGCUUCAAACUUCCCUCUGUCAGAGGUCCAUCCUCCAGCACGCAGGAAUCAGCAGAUAAGAAACGUGAGUCCAGAAAGAGCGGUUUCUUUAACCUCAUCAAAUCCCGGACGUCCCGCUCAGAGAAGAGCCACGGAGCCGCCUCCACCACUACACUCCAACCUGCCUCCUCCAACACCGCUCCACCCUCUUCCUCUGUUAGCCCAGUGACUGAGGAGAUGACACCCACAUCCCCGACACCGCCCGUGAAAACCACUGCAGCCAUGGUGGAGCCCCACCAGGAGCUCCACAGGGCUCAGUCCUCAAACCACACAGAUGGUGAGGUGGAGGCCUUUCCGACCACUGCUGCUGAGGAGGAGAAGGAG